CUGUCGGUCGGAUAGGACGCGCAAUCCGGAACAACCUCCGGUGGUGGAUAGCUGGAUCUAGCAAAACAGUUCUGAGGAAUAGUUAUUUUGUGGUGAAGAUUGGGGUUUUGGAACAUUUCUGAGAUAUCAACUGGAAACAGUUUAGAAUUGCUCAGAAUCCCCGGUAGACUUACAAACAACGUGUACCAAAAGCUGUAAACUCAACGAUCUGUCUCAAAAAUCAUCUCAUUCAUACACAAACGCAUGCUCUCACAAACGAUGAACGAGCCGCGAUCGUCUAUCGAGUUUUCAGAGCCAGAUCAAAUUGACUCUUCCUCCGGUAGAGAGUUCAGUAUUUGACCACCAUCGACGGCCACUAAUUGAGUGUUUGUAGACGCUCGCGCGCGGGUAUUCUAUCCUCGGAGGUAGUUCGUCACCCUGAGACUACUAAGUGACUUGUUUGCUAAGGGGACCUUCCUUUUUUCAAACGUUUUUACCGAUGACGAUAGCCUUUUUCUUUGUUGUUGGUGAGGUGAUUGAAAGGGCGACAUCAUAACUUUUCGGUAGAAUUGGGACGAGUGUAAUCAAACGCUUCAGUUUGAGGGAUGGCUGAGUGCAAACAAACUUUUUUUUUUGAACACAAACACACCUUGUGAAGUUUCGUAGCAGAGGCACGUGGAAAACUGUGAAAAAGUGAUAGGUAAACAAACCGAAAUAUUGCACGAUUUUUUGUGUAACUUUUCCCCGUGGGAUGGACCCAGUCUGACGAAUCAUUGCGUCCUGCUAAACGGAAGAAAAAUUACCCGUUAAUAUUCCGUGACAAUUAAUUAACUGUUUGUACAUAACCGGAAGCUCCGUUUUUCGUCAAGCUGACGAGGGACAAGUCGACGGAAGAACACUCAGUUUCGAGCAAUGGAAAAACGUGAUUUUAUCUCGCAAUAAGCAAUAUUUCUUUGACUAUAUUGACUAUACUGAACGUUCAGCAUGAAUGAGCAGAGCCUGAUCAAAUGAAGAUAAAGCAUGCUGAGCAACAAAACCAGCACGAAGAGCUACUAAAUCAGACAACAGCCAGCAGUGGUGAUUUGUGGUUAAACGCGAACAAAUCUAGUGCAAAGUGACAAAAGUUCGCAACGUAAACCUUAUUCCGAGAAACCAAGCUCAGUGACCGAAACGGGUGCAGAAAAGUUAAAUAUUAUCAGAGUGAAGCGUGUUGUAACUCGAGAGACAUCACAUCCGUGUCGGCAAGGCAUCUUGUGGAAGCAGGAGUUGGAGAGAAUCAAGAUGCCAACAACGGGAUAAUCUUCAAAGGCGAGAACUGCGCUCUCAAGGAUUGCUGCUGGAGCUGCCCCUCGCAUCGUUUUCCCGUUUUUCCUGGGUCACAUGAAAAUGUCUCAAUCCACGGUUCCUGCAGCAGGCUCAACCUUAAUUGACCAUUAAGAUGGACAGUCGGCCCGAUGAUAAAUGUACGCUCCAGAACAUUACGGUGACGCACCAUCCCGACGACAGCAAAAACAACAGCUUGGGGAUCGAUUUAAGCCAAGAGUCCCCUCGGCUGUUGUUGCCAACUAUCACAACGAAAAUAUCGCAGCUGUUGACAGCUUCUGUCUCCUCAUCGUCUUCGAGUUCGACUUCAUCGCUGAACAGUUUAGGAACCAGUAUUGUAAACAUUAGUAGUCUUCUGCCGCACCCAUUCGGUAGUAUCGUGUCGGCUUCAAACUACAGUGGCGUCGUCCCCGGUGGGCAGUCCGUACCGAACGCGGGCAGUUCUGUGGAUGAUCCGGAUCGUAGUCCGGUAGUGGCGGCGACGGCGGCCGUAAUCGCGACGACGGAUGGAGGAGUCGGCAGCAGAUUCGGCAUCGACUGUAGCGGUACAAACUUCGCGACCGCAUUCAGCACUGCUGGCCAGGGUACGGAUCUUGGCCAGAAACUGGAAGUUCCGCUGGAAGCCGCAAUGGACCAUGCUGUUGGAGGAGGGAUUGGUAGCAGCAGUGGUGGGGGAGUGGAAAGUAGUGGCCAGCAGCUGUUGCUGGACAACUGGCAAGACUGUGUCGUUGUGAUAUUGUUCUGCUUACUGAUCAUCGUGACUGUGAUUGGCAAUACGCUAGUGAUCUUAUCGGUUAUUACCACCCGGCGGCUCCGGACAGUAACGAACUGUUUCGUGAUGAGUCUGGCGGUGGCCGACUGGUUGGUGGGGAUCUUCGUGAUGCCGCCGGCGGUGGCAGUUCAUUUAUUAGGAACGUGGCCGCUCGGAUGGAUACUGUGUGAUAUAUGGAUCUCAUUAGAUGUUCUACUGUGUACGGCGUCAAUCCUUAGCUUAUGUGCAAUUAGUAUAGAUAGAUAUUUGGCGGUAACGCAGCCCUUAAACUAUUCCCGCCGGAGACGCUCGAAACGGCUGGCGCUGCUGAUGAUUCUGGUGGUUUGGGUUCUGGCGCUGGCCAUUACCUGUCCACCGAUUCUUGGCUGGUACGAGCCCGGUCGCCGCGAGCUGGACCAGUGCCGGUACAACCAGAACGAGGGCUACGUCGUCUUUUCGGCGAUGGGCUCAUUCUUCAUUCCGAUGGCGGUCAUGAUCUACGUGUACGUGCGGAUAUCCUGUGUGGUCGCGUCCCGCCACGACAAGAUGACCGAGAUCGAGGUGCACAAGAAAAGCCAUCACCGCACCGCACGUGAUCCAGUGGAUGAAGACUGCUACCACUACGCAUCGGAGAUUGAUCCGGCCCAGCUGAGCCCGAAGCAAAAGCGGUCCUCGUCUCAGCUGUCGACCGCGACUACCACAUACGUCACCCAGCUGGGUCCUGCUGGAAGUGGAGGUGAUGGGGGUGGGGGGAGAUGCGUAUCGGCCAGCAUGAUGGCCCUCAGCGGGGACGAUUACCCCGUGAAUAAGCUGGCAAGCCAAGUCUGCGGAGGUGGCAACAAGAAGAACCACAAGAAUGGCCACUACGAGCUGGUGGACAUCAACUCGAUGGGAGGUGGAGGUGGUGGCAAAACCACAACUUCAAUUGUGCGCAGCGGCUCCGGUGGCGGUGAGGGAGUCGGGAUGACCCUGGAUGAAUCGAUGUCCCAAGGGGGUCAAUCAACGGUAGUGGCUGCCGGCGGAGGCAAGCGUAACUCGACUAUCCACUACAAGCUGGCCUCCACCACGGAGCUUUGGUCAUCGGCCAAUAACGUUUUCAAUCAACAGCCCAAGCCACAAGUGGCAAAUCACCCGCCGGGGAUGGUGACGGCCACCGGGGGCCUCGGUGCCGGACUCCGCCGGACCAACACUAUUAGUAACUCAAUUACGGCGUCGACCACGUCGUCGUCGGUGGCGGCCGGACGCAAUCUGCGCAUCCAUCAGCAAAAGUCCCUGUCGUCACGGAUUCUGUCGAUGAAGCGCGAGAACAAAACAACCCAAACUCUGAGCAUUGUCGUGGGCGGUUUCAUCGCGUGCUGGCUGCCCUUCUUCAUUCACUACAUCAUUACCCCCUUUCUGCCGAAGGAGCUGGCCGCGCCCAAGCUGGGGGAGUUUUUCACCUGGCUCGGCUGGAUCAACAGUGCCAUCAAUCCGUUCAUCUACGCGUUCUACAGUGUAGACUUCCGGGCCGCCUUCUGGAGGCUCACGUUGCGACGGUUCUUCCGAAACAGCGAGAAGGCACCGUUCGCCAACAUACACAACAUGUCGAUGCGAAGAUAAACCCCACCUCCCGGUGUCAUCCGAAUGUCAUUCAAUUAUUUAUAGAAUAACACACCCACGCCCACGAGUACCGUGUACAUAUUGUUUUCGUUUGUUGUUGUCAUUAUUGUUACACAUAGUAGAGAAAAAAAAGUACGAAAUAAAACCGCAUAGCGAUACAUAAUUUA